AUGUCAUCGACAUUCAGCAGCGAUGAAACGACACCGUUCUUUGGCUUCCUAGGCGCCGCGGCUGCCCUAGUUUUUUCUUGUAUGGGUGCGACAUGUGGCACGGGGAAGAGUAGCGUCGGUGUGGAAUCUAUGGGUGUGAUGCGAUCGGAGCUGGUGAUGAAAUCGAUAGUUCCAGUUGUUAUGGUUGGUGUUUUGGGUAUUUAUGGAUUGAUUAUUGCUGUCAUCAUCAAUACUGGAAUCAACCCAAAGGCCAAGUCAUACUAUUGUUUGAUGGCUAUGCUCACCUUUCUUCUGGCUUCGCUUGUGGCCUUGCUGGCCUUUCUGCUAAGCCAAUGCACAACAGCCAAAGCUCUUUGUUGGAAUGAUUCUUAUUUUCAUUUUGCUAAAGCACUAGCUCUUUAUGGUCUUAAUUUUUGCAGGCCUUUUUUGGUGCAUCAAAGUCUAUGUGGCUAG